AUGUCCAAGUCAGACAGCGCCGCCGAAGAGGGCUCGCAGGGCGACCCGAAGCCUGACAUACCGUUUUACGGCGUGCGAUCAUGGCUGUCGCAGGCCGUCGUGGCCUCUUUCAUAGCAGGAGGAGUAGCAGGUGCAGUCUCGAGGACGGUGGUAUCCCCACUCGAGCGGUUGAAGAUUUUGCUGCAAGUGCAGUCAACAGGACGCACGGAGUAUAAGAUGAGCAUACCCAAGGCGUUGGGCAAGAUAUGGAGAGAAGAGGGCUUCAAGGGCAUGAUGGCGGGCAAUGGCGCGAACUGCAUACGAAUCGUUCCGUACAGCGCAGUGCAAUAUGGGAGCUACAAUUUGUAUAAGCCGUACUUCGAGUCAUCGCCAGGAGCGCCUCUACCACCGGAAAGAAGGCUGGUCUGCGGAGCAAUCGCAGGAAUCACAUCCGUGACAUUCACCUACCCGCUCGACAUUGUGCGCACACGACUAUCGAUUCAGUCCGCUUCGUUUGCAAACUUGAGCAAGGAAGCUGCAGCAAAGGCGGAGAAGAAGCUACCAGGAAUGUUUGGAACGAUGGGCGUGAUGUACCGAACCGAGGGAGGUUUCUUUGCUCUGUACAGAGGCAUCAUUCCGACCAUCGCAGGAGUCGCCCCCUACGUCGGACUGAAUUUCAUGGUCUACGAGAGCGUGCGUCAAUACUUUACACCUGUCGGCGAACAGAAUCCGUCGCCUAUUGGCAAGCUCAGCGCAGGAGCCAUAUCGGGAGCUGUGGCACAGACCAUCACAUAUCCAUUUGACGUACUUCGACGACGAUUUCAGGUGAAUUCCAUGUCGGGAAUGGGCUUUCAGUAUACCGGAAUUUUUGAUGCCAUCAGCAAAAUCGUGGCCCAAGAAGGCUUCCGUGGCUUGUACAAGGGAAUUGUGCCAAACCUGCUCAAGGUUGCACCAAGCAUGGCAAGCAGUUGGCUAAGCUUCGAGUUGGUCCGAGACUACAUGGUUGCGCUACGACCGGAGAUUGACUCGAACGACAACCCACCGAUCGGCGGAGCAGCGAAGUGA